AUGUCCACGUAUUUAUAUCUCAACCUCCCAGCUCAGCUCACAGAGAGGAUACGGGAGGGGCAGCAAUCGGGGACCACCGGCUACCAGCUCAAGGGCUCUGACUGUGUCUCAACCGAGACACUUGCUUGUCCCGACGAAACAAAGCUCGACGGGGAGCAUUGUGUGAGUAUUGACGCCCCGACCUGUGAGGGCGACGCACGCUUUGACGGCACCAACUGCGUUGUUACCACCCCCGAAUUUGAAACCGGCAAAUAUUUCAAUGGACCUCCACAAUGUGACAAGGGUCUCAUCUUCGACGGUACUCAGUGUGUCACCUUCGACCAUCCCACUUGCCCUCCCUUGUACAAGUGGGUCAAUGGGGAAUGUGUGAACACCGAGGUCAAGGGCUGUGAGCCAGGCUACACUCUGUGUAAUGGCAAAUGUGUCUCCGAUGUCCGACCCGAAUGUGAGCCCGGUACCAGCUUCAACGGCACCGCUUAUGUGGGUGAUGCUCCGGAGUGUCCCCCCGACACGGUCUUUGACGGUAGCGAAUGCGCCUUGGAUGAGAUUCCAGGCUGUCCUACCGGCCUCAAGUUCAACGGCAAGAAGUGUGUUGUCGAAAUCGAUCCCACUUGCCCAACCAACACCAACCACCCCCGGUGUUCUCCUAGCCAGGAGUUUAACGGAGAGCACUGUGCUUUGGUUGAUGAUGGAUGUAUGGAGUUCGAGUACUAUCCUGCCCGGUCCUUGGGGGUUGUACUGUUUGAUGGUGCAAAGAUGUAA